GCUGCGUCGAAAGCACGCCGACGUCGACUUUCUGUUUGUCGUAGGGUCAGACUGGCUUCAACCUGGGACCGAUUUGAGAACGUGGGAAUCUAGAGACCCCGCCGACCCGACUGGCAAGGGUCGCAUCGUCACGGGCGACAAACUGGUGACCGAGUUUGACUUUCUCGUGCUCCACCGUCCGGGAUACGACAUUGAGGACCUGUCUGCGUUCGGUCCGCGCUUCAACAUGCUCACCAUGGCGGGAGGGAUGAAAUUUGUGACGACCGACAUUUCAUCCACGCAGCUCCGGAAGCGCAUGGGCAACUCUCUACACAUAAGAGAAGCGAUUGGUAGCAAUGAGGUCAACCUGGACCUGGUGGACGGACUGAUGCCCCCCGCCGUUCUGAGCUUCAUUUUGCGCAGCGGUGUCUACAACCAGAAGGCG